GAAUAGAUCACGUGACAAUCCCGGAUGUCAACAAAUGAUAUCAACAACAGGGAAGUGUCAACGCUUCGUUGUUACAGAUUUUCCAAUGGAUUAACCGAGAUUUGAUCAUUAAUGUUACAGUCACUCGUGUACAUUCUGAAAGGAACUAUGAGUGAGUUCUGUUGAUUCUACGCUAGUUUAGCUUUUGACGAAGACUUUCAACAUGAGGUCAGAUUCUCCUCUCUCCAGCGUCAACGUAGUGCUUGUUAUGGCCUACGGAAGUCUGAGCGACACUGUUGAUUGUGGCCUUUGGAAUGUUGUCCCACUUCACUUCAAUGGCUGAACGAAGUUGCAGGAUAUUGGCGGCAACUGAAACACGUUAUCGUACACAUCGAUCCAGAGCAUCCAAACAUGAUGACAUGUCUGGUGUUUGUGCUGCUGUUCAUCUUUGUGAAGAGGCAGAUAAUGCGCUUCGCCAUGAAGUCUCGUAGAGGACCACAUGUACCCCUGGGCCACAACGCUCCGAAGGAGCUGAGACAGGAGAUAGACUCUGGUCUGUCCAAGGUUCAGGAGAUCCGCUUUGAGCCACGCCUGUUGUCUGAACAGGACGACAGACUACAGAGUGGCGGUUGCUAUGACUACCUAUACAGAAUGAGGGCACUAGAUGCCAUAAGAGACUCUGAUAUUCCGUUCAGUGAGUUGGGAGGGACUCCCACAGCUGUGACAGGGAGGAGAUUCCGCGCCUGGCUUCUAGAUCUGAGGAGUUCCCAUUCCCUGUUCUGCAGCAGCCGUAGUUCCCUCAUAGACACACUGCUGGAGGGCUACCACAACGCUCGCCACGGCACCGGGGUGUUUGGAGAAGCAGAGUUUGUCAAAUACAAGGAAGCCCUGAAUGAACUGGCCUCUGUUUAUUCUUCUCUCCCCAGUGUGAAGAGCCACUCCAGUUCCACCAGUCUGGACCAGCAUCACCAGUUAGCAGCUAAAGACUUGACCAGUACCCCAGAGCCCACCCCCCCCUCUCCCCCCUCCCAGGUCACAUACAUGCCGUCAGCUGGGCAACGCACCAAACGACCAAAACACUUCCUGGAACUCAAGAACUUUAAAGACAAGUACAACACCUUGGAAAGCACAUUCUGAGAACUACAAUCUCCUAUGGCAUAACACAAGAAACUACAAUUCCCGACAACUUGCUGCCUCUGACAACUGCAACUCCCUACAACCCUGAGAACUACAACUCCCUAGAAAACAACCUGAAAACUACAACAACUUCUCUGCUACUACUUUAAAUCUGUUUUGUUGCGAGUACUGGACUCACUUUUCCUUCUCUAUUUCCAAAGUAGAUGGCCUAGUGAAAAGACAAACUGUCGUUCUGCCCCUGAACAAGGCAGUUAGUUAACCCAGUGUUCCUAGGCCGUCAUUGUAAAUAAGAAUGUGUUCUUAACUGACUUGCCUAGUUAAAUAAAGGUUAAAUAAAACGGAAAUGAAGGUAGUGAUAAGUACCUCCUGGAGGUGACAUACUGGGGUUUGUGGUAAAAGAAGAGGUUGGUGAGUUAGUUUAGUGAGAGGCUUGUUAGUGCCAGCAGAGAGAGAAGAGACUUGGUAGGGUUGGUACUUGGUACAGUUUGGAAGACUGGAGCACAGCAGGAUUAACAGUAGCACAGCAGUAUAGGAAUGACAGUAACAUUACGCUGCCUUACUAGUCCUGAGGAAAAACACUGCCUACUAUCUAUCAUGCAUCUCACAUAAUAAAUAGUAAUAAAUAGUGCACUAGAUUUAAGCUGACCUUAAACAUCGUUGUGAACUUUUGCACAGACUUUGCAGGUAGAUCAUCAUGUAGGGCUAUGCAAAAGAGACCAGACAAGCUACAUGCAGUUUCUAUGCAGAAUGCAUUAAUGCAGUGUUUCCCAAACUUGGUCCUGGGGACCCGAAGUGGUGCACGUUUUGGGUUUUGCCCUAGCACUACACAACUGACUCAAAUAAUCAAAUAAUUAUCAAGCUUUGAUUAUUUGAAUGAGCUGUGUCGUCCUAGAGCAGAACCUGAAACGUACAUCUCUUGGGGUCCCCAGGACUGAGUUUGGGAAAUGCUGCAUUAAUGCAGUGUUAGAGUAAGACUUGUUUAUAAUGUGUUCAGUGCUAACUAAGCUAUUGAUGGACUAACGUUAUAGCAGACCAGCGUUCCUCACAAUGGCCCUGUAGAGCUACAGUACAGGCUGUGCAGGCUUUUGUUCCCGCCUAGCACUAACAUACCUCCAAUCAAGCUGAUUAGUAGAAUCCGGUUAGUCACUGUUGAGCUGGAACAGUACAGAAGAACUAUGGAUUAUUCCAGUAUUACUGCUAGACAUUUCCAGUAUUAUUGUCCUGGUGCCAGCACUUGUUUAGAGCAGAGCCAUGUAUUUACAUAUAUAUUGCUCUGGUUUAGGGCUAGUGUUACAAGGAAAUGAACAUGUUACACAGUCUUGACGGUUGUCUAUUUGCUGCAUAAAAAUGAUUAUACUUUUUAGAGUCUACAGUGUUUUCUUGUUGUUGCUGAAAUCUUUUUUUGUAUUCCAUUUUUAAAGAUAAUUAUUUAGAAUAAAGCAUUCAUGUUAAGUGCC